AUGGUCCAGUUCUGGUGCAGACAGACCCAGCUCUGCGUGGAACUGGGCAUAAUGGUGGGGAUCCUUGUGGUUGGUGCACAGAUUUAUGAAAUGAAGGAACCAGGGUCGUCCUGCUAUGGAGGAUUUGACCUCUUCUUUGUUCUGGACAAGUCUGGCAGUGUGCAAGAUUAUUGGAAUGAGAUAUAUUACUUUGUGGAUCAUCUUGCUCAAAAGUUCAUCAGUCCUCAGCUGCGGAUGUCUUUUAUUGUGUUUUCAACGGAAGGACGGAUACUCAUGGCUCUAACAGAAGACAGAGAUAAGAUCCGUGCCGGACUGGAGGAGCUGCAGAUGGUGGAGCCAGGCGGAGACACCUUCAUGGACAAAGGACUUCAUAAAGCUAGCCAGCAAAUUUACUACGGGGCUGGACAUGGUUACCGGACAGCCAGCGUCAUUAUCGCCCUGACAGACGGAGAACUGAGGAAGAAUCAGUUCGAUCAGGCACAGCUGGAGGCCAGCAGAGCACGUCAGUUAGGAGCCACAGUGUACUGUGUGGGGGUGAAAGACUUCAACGAAACACAACUAUCCACUAUAGCUGACAGUAAGGACCACGUUUUUCCUGUAGAUGAUGGAUUUCAAGCGUUGCAAGGGGUCAUCGACUCGAUCCUGAAGAGAUCGUGCAUUGAGAUCCUGGCUGUGGAACCCUCCAGCAUUUGUGAAGGAGAAACCUUCCAGGUGGUCGUGAGAGGAAAUGGUUUCCUUCACUCCAGAGAUGUGGAGAAAGUCCUCUGCAGCUUCCGUAUCAAUGAUACAAGUACUUUGAUGAAGAGGCCUUUGGUGGUGAGGGAUACUUACCUUCUGUGUCCAGCUCCUAUUCUGGAAAAAUUUGCAACGUCAGCCACGCUUUACGUCAGCUUGAAUAAUGGCCUCAGCUUCAUUUCAAGCUCUGUCACUAUUACUGCUGUUACUUGUUCUGAUGGGACCUUAGUGGGAAUCGCGCUGCUCGUCCUGCUGCUCCUGCUCACCAUGGCUCUGCUCUGGUGGUUCUGGCCUCUAUGCUGCACUGUGGUUAUUCAUGAGCCACCUCCUCCAGUUAUAGAGGAUAUCUCUGAUGACGAGGAUGGUUUUCCUAAGAAAAGGUGGCCCACUGUAGAUGCAUCAUACUACGGAGGCCGUGGAGUCGGGGGCAUCAAGAGAAUGGAGGUCCGUUGGGGAGACAAAGGCUCGACUGAAGAAGGAGCCAAAUUGGAAAAGGCCAAAAAUGCACGAGUUGUGAUGCCCGCCCAGGAGUACGAUCCACCUCCACCUCUUUCUUACUAUCACACGCACAAAACCAUCCGGCCUCACAAGUGGUACUCUCCCAUCAAGGGAAAGCUGGACGCUCUGUGUGUUUUCCUGAGAAAAGGCUACGACAGAGUGUCUGUGAUGCGACCUUACCCUGGAGACAAGGGCAGGUGCAUAAACUUCACCCGGAGCCCUUCCCACCCUCCUCCUCGCUACCCCAUCUACAACCAUCCCUCCACACCCGUUUACACUUUGCCCCAAAGGUAUCAGCGUCGCCCGUCCGAUGGUGAUCAGAACCUCUUGCCCCCCUCACCAACUUCAACCUUACCUCCUCUACCAUCCACUCCUCCACCAUCCUCCAACAGCUCUCCCUGGUACACCCCCCCACCAAACAGAGCCUUGCCCACAGCCAUCGAGAGCCAAGUCUCCGAACCUCCAUCUCCAACCAACUCUCUGCCGCCUCCACCUUCUUGUAGAGCGCCUCCUCCCUCACGCCCUCCACCACGCCCCAACCACGAAAGCGACUGA